CCUCGGCGGCGCACGAAGCGCAGCAGGCCUGAGCGGCAAGUGCUUCCCCGUUCGAAAGGGGGUUCUGCCUCUCAGGUGAAGUGCAGAGAAAUGAAAUAGGUGAUAAAACGUGUUGACGGCGUUUAUAGGAAAGGGGUUGGAACAGAGCAUGCCUGCUAAACAUGGAGGAAGAAGAGGAAGACUACAUGUCUGAUUUAUUUAUUAAACAGGAUGUAAGGCCGGGUUUGCCUAUGGUGAGACGGGUGAAGGAAGCUAUUCAGAAAGAAGAAAAGCAAAAAGAAGCCAACGAGAAGAACAGACAGAAGAGCAUAAAAGAAGAAGAAAAAGAGAGACGUGACUUGGUACUGAAAAGUGCAUUGGGCAGUGAGAACAAAGGCUUUGCUUUGCUCCAGAAGAUGGGCUACAAGAGCGGCCAGGCACUUGGCAAAAGUGGAGAAGGCAUUGUUGAACCUAUCCCUCUGAACAUAAAAACAGGCAGAAGUGGGAUUGGUCAUGAGGAAUUAAAAAAGAGAAAAGCUGAAGAAAAACUGGAAAACUAUAGACAAAAACUCCAUAUGAAAAAGCAAGCAAAUGAACAAGCUGCAGAUCAGUUCAGAAUAAGAUUUAAAACCAAACAAGAAGAACGUAAGAUGGAAGGGGACCUCCGAAAAAGCCAGAGGGCCUGCCAGCAAUUAGACAUGCAAAAAGAUAUCGAUGUUCCUAAGGAGACUUGGUACUGGCUAGAACCCGAAGAGGAAGACAAAAACGAUGAAGAAGACAAGGAAGAUGAGUGCACAAGCUCAGACUUAAGUGUAUCAGAAAAGCUGCACAUCCUGACUGCGUAUUUGAGAGAACACCACUUUUACUGCAUCUGGUGUGGCACAACCUAUGAAGGUGAGAGUAAACCUGUUGUGUGUUUUACUUUGCUUAUGCAGCUGGAUUCAAAUAGUAAAGUCUAUCCUUCAUGUUUCUCUUACUGGAUGCUUUAAGCUUUACCAUAGCUAGUUUUCCUGCUGUUUUUUGCACAAAGCUUUGUACAUUUUGAUUAUAAACCAAUUUUUAGGUGUUCAUAUGCAUAAAAAAAAACUCUGAACAACCAACCACACAGAUGGUUAUUUGAUUUGGUAUUCAUAUUAAAUUGAGGAAAAAAAAAUAGAUUAAAACCAGUACCAUGCAAAGCUGUGAAAGGUUGCAGGUGUUUCUGAAAGAGUUAGACCACUAUCCCAAUUCACUGCACCAAAGAGGAUAAAAUUUGUGUUCACUUGUUUACCAACUUUCCCCCACACCCUGUCCCACUCUGAGCUGGAAUUACUCACUUUUUCUCUGCUUAUCCUGUAGACUCUGAAGAUUUAUCUUCAAACUGCCCUGGAGACAGUGCUGCAGAUCAUGACUAACCCCUUUCUAAAGGAAGAACCCCUACAUAAGUAUGUAUAGUUCAUAAUAUCUUUUAGAAGGUAUGAAGCUGUGCCAUACUAAAUAAUUGACAUCAAAGUACGCAGAAGGAUAGUUGGCAGUUAAACUCACAUUUCUGAAGCAUCUUACAGAUUCUCUAUUUGAUGCAUAAAGUAAUAGGAAUUAAAACUUUGUAUUUCUAGUUGAACUACGGUAUUAGAGGCAGGGUAAGUAAGCCUUCCAUAGUCUUUGUUUAUGCCCCACCCAACUGAACAAGACCAGCUGAUAAUAAAAUUCAGGUUUGAGUAAGGAAUAAAUACUGGCUAGUAACUCCAUUGUA